AUGUAUGCUUCGCUGCUCCGCAUUUCCGGCCCACCCCGCCUUCCUGUCCCCCAGGCCAACACAGAGAGAAGGAAAGUGGCUCAUAACGGGGAGCAGUGGCCCGUGGACGCACAUGACCUGCAGUCGCUGCUGCUCUCCGUGCUCAUGCCCCCUUACCCAUGCCCCGCAGAGGAGAGAGUGGGUGCAUGGGGAGAUGGCGGAAAGGAGAGAGUGGGUGCAUGGGGGGAUGGCGAAAAGGUAGGAAAUUGGGGCAGUGGAAGGGGAAUGAAGAUGGGAUUGGGGGAUGGGGAUGGGAUUGGUUGGGGGAUGGGGAUGGGGUUGGGGGGUGGGGAUGGGAUUGGGGGAUGGGGAUGGGGUUGGGGGAUGGGGAUGGGGUUGGGGGAUGGGGACAUGAUGGUACGGAGUUGUGCCUCCUGCCAUUUAACUCUCUCCCGCUUCCUUUCGCUCCCAUGCCUCUUCCCCUGCCUCUUUCCAUUCCACCUCUCCUUCCCUCCUCCUCUCGUUCCAACUCUCUCUCUUCACUGCAAUGGAUGUUGGGUGUGCAUGCUGCCAACUGCCAUCCAAGAAAACCCUAUAGUGUACAGAAAGCACGCCAUGCCUUCCCUUCCUAUCCGCUUCCCCACUCUUCACCCCUCUUCUCCCCUCUUCCCCCCUCUUCCCCCCUCUUCCCACCACUCCCUCAGUCCCCCCCUGCCCCCUCCCUCCCCCCCCCUUCACCCCCCCCCCCCAACCUCCUCCCUUGUCCAUGCCAGUGUGGGCAGCAACGAGCAGUAUGACUUUGAGCAGGCCAUGGGCGCGGCGCUGCACACCAAGCCAUUCACCUUCGACCCAUUCCUCUCCGCCAACGCCACUGCUCACAUGCUCGCCCUCCCCUUCCUCCACUUCCACCAAAUCGCGAUCGCGGGCGCGGCAAGCUUGGAGGCUUUCCGGGCGAAAAACCCCGGCAUCACCUUCAUGACGCUGCAGGGGGCGAUGGAGAGGCUAGAGCACUCGUAUGUGGAUGUGCUGAAAAUGGACUGCGAGGGGUGUGAGGAGGAGUUUAUCAUGGGUCUGAAGAGGGAGACUGAUGAGUUUCUGGAGAAGAGGAGGGCUGAGGGAGGGGCUUUGACCAAGGAGGAGAAGGCGGGGAAGCGGCGGGGGCGGGGCAAUGCAAAGCUGGUGGUGAAUGGGGGGAACUUGCCAUUCGGACAACUGCUGGUGGAGUUCCACUAG